GGGCACCGGCUGGAGAAAGGGAGAAAUGAGCCAUUUUCAGCAGGGGGUAAUACUGCUGCUCUUCCUGCUCCUGGAGUACUCAGAGGCCAAAAAGCAGUGCUGGUACUUUGAAGGGGUGUAUCCUACAUAUUAUAUAUGCCGCUCCUAUGAAGAUUGCUGUGGUUCAAGAUGCUGCAUAAGGACUCUGUCUAUCCAGCGACUAUGGUAUUUUUGGUUCCUUCUGAUGAUGGGAGUUUUGUUCUGUUGUGGGGCGGGUUUUUUUAUCCGAAGGCGGAUGUAUCCUCCACCGCUGGUUGAUGAGACAACAUACAACGUGUCGUAUACCCGGCCACCUAACCCCCCUGCAGCAGGAGCCCAGCAGCCAGGGAUGGCGUACUACACAGACCCAGAAGGAGCUAUGGUGAACCCCAUGACUUACCAUGUCCAACCUAAGUCCCCACAAGUGAACCCAGUUUACCCUCCUCUCCCUUCUUACUGCAAUACCCCACCACCACCAUACGAGCAGGCAGUGAAAUCCUCCACUUAACCUCUCUUCUCUGCAGUGAACAUUGACUUGAGCAGAAGAGAGCAGGCUUGGGAGCAGCAGAAGACUUGCUAGUGCUCUGUUUACCUUUGCUCUCCUCCUAGUUAGCACUGUUUGGACAUUGAUGGAUGUGCAGCCCCAGGGGGGAUUCUUUUCUAAUGUCUUCAAAGCAAGAAUGAAAGUUUUUAUAGUGCUUUUUAUUGGAAGCCUAUAUUUAAAUCCCAUACACUUUAAAAAAAAAUGUCUUUGUGAUUUUAAGACAUGUAUUGACAUAUUGAUGCAGCACAGUAUGGUAAUAAGCACAAAACAAUGUAUACCAGCCUAAGAACUUUGGAGUCACUUGUAUUUUAAAUAUGGGAAACCAGGAGCACAGGACAGGAGGUAAUGGUAGAAGAAAGUGAAAGAUGUGAGAUGAGUGAUGUUUGUUCAUAAAGGAAGCAACUGGAUCAUGCCGACUCCAAGGAACUGUGGUAAGAUAAAGUGUGGGAAAUGGUUCCAGGGCGGAAAAAGAUCCACCGCCCUGCUUCACUUGAACAAACACUGGGUGGAACAGGAUUAUAGCAGCUGUGCCUGUGGUCCAACCCUACCAUCUUAAAUCUGGCUCCCUUUAUUUUUUGCUGACAGUUGUUUUUAGGAGGAAAGGAGUGUCUUGCUGCCAGGAACUAAAAUUGUGAUGUACUGUUGAUGGUGUGAAUAUCAUAGCAGUUGUGUGGAAGGUAAAAAUGUUCAGCGCCAACAAUGAUAAGCAGAGGUCUAGCAACAAAAAAACUGAUUGCCUAGGAGAUAUUUAUUCUCUAAAGAGAAUUCAUAAAAUAAAAUGGGUAGUCUUUGAA